AUCCAUCUUAACGGACAGCUAGAGCAAACGUGAAGAGCAAUCGCAUGUGCUAAGAAGGAUGGCCAGCACAAAGAAGCUGCUCGUAACGGACGAAGGGGCGGAUUCCCAGCAGCUUCACUCUCCCAUUUUACACGAACCUCAGACAUUUUAUGGACAAACAAAGAGGGAUGUUUCAAGGGAAGUGACUGAACAGACAGCGUCUGGUCAAAUGGAACACAAAGCUUCAGCAGCGGCUGCAGGUUCGAAGAAACAUUCUAUCGCACCAGAGUCGAAAGGAGGGUAUUUUGGGGUUAUUCCUGGCGAAUGAAAUGUUGAAGAAAUUCUCGUCUUUUGAAUUGUAUCAUCACCUUAUUUGUCUAUCGAUCAUUUCGCUACAUAACUACAGUGACAAUUUCUACACUGCGAACCUUCCUAAUCUACUACCUCACACUAUGACUGCAUAGAAACAGCGGUCUUUGAUCGAUUAUGCUCAACCACGUCCACCUUUCUGCUUCCUUUGCGACUC